AUGGCAGCUGGCGGUGCCAAGAGGAAGCAUGAAAAGUCUGCGCCAGAGGCAGCACUUGUUGCUGUGCCUGCCAAAAGCGCCCGACUCGCUGGGCCUGUGUCGGCCGCUGCAGCUCCAACGUGGGACUGGAGGGAACCCGAGCCCUUCGAGGACAGUCGCGAGACGAUGAGCAAAGUAGUGCAGUGGCACCUCCUCGACUUCGUCCGGACCUACAAGGACGACUCCGAUUUGCAACUCAGCAUGGUGGACACCCUGGAGUCGAUCAAGCCUUUGCGGAUAGACUCCAAGUCGGCCGGCAGCUACAAGGAGAUGUGGGAGGACGAGCAUGCGCUCCUGUCGCUCCAUCAGAACAAGAUGUACGAAGCAGGUGCCAGCAUCUUUUGGUGUGCGAUGGGACAGGAGUCGUCCAAGUUCUUUUUCGAUGCAGUAAGCUGGGAAAGCAUGGAGGACUUUGAGUCGAAUCUCUUUGGCGAGUCGGCCAAGGUUCAUGGUCAGUUCCUCUUCCCGACGACGAUCCACCUGUGGGUUUCCAAGUCGAUGGAGGAGUCGGCCGGGUCGCUGGAGAAGCUUUUGAAAGUCGCCCGCUACCCGAUCCUGAACGGGAUGACCACGGUGAACGCCUGGUACUUAGCAGUCGCCCGCGCUUUGAAGGCGAAGGACGGGCCGCGAACGAAAGCGCUGCUGAAAGCGGGCUUGAGCGUAACGCUCCAUCUGCGGCGUUUGGAGUCGGAGGCGGACGGGUACAAGCAGGCGAUGAACUUGUCGGGCAACCAUAAGUUGUCCGCCCAGGCCAAUGGGGAGUCGCUCCUCAGUUGGCUGGUCCGGUACGAGUUCCUCUCCAAGGAGGUGGGCACGACCGUGGUGGCGCAGCAUGUCAAGUUCGCGCAGAGCCAGGCGAUCCUCUUCGACUUGAAGCCGGUGACCACCUCGGUCAUGACGGCUGUGAUCAAGAUCAAGGGCGUGCUCACCGAGAAGUCGCGCGCCAUCCUCCAGUCGAUGUCGCUGCGAUACUCUUCCAAAAUAUUCUUGGAAGAGUACUCCAAGCUGUUGAGAAUCGUCUACUGCCUACAGAGGUAUCCGGCGGCGGAGAGGAUGGAGUCGACCUUCUUCGAGUAUUGCAUGGAGAGCUCGCUAGUCGGCCUGAUUCGCAAUCAGGUGAAGCCGGACUUCUUCAAAACCAACAACAUGGGCGCGGAGACGAAAGGCGGCAAGCCCGGGUUCGCGGACUUGUGUGCCGCGAGGAUGCUCUUUGUCGACUGUGUCGAGAACUUCCUCAGUUCGGUCCAGAACAAUCAGAGCAAGUCGGAACUGAUGGAUGUUUGGUCGAAGUUCAAGUCGCCCGUUGCGUGGAACGAGGACUUCCCAGUCGUCACCGCCGAGAAGAGUGGCGAGGAUGAAGUCGUCCAGACGCCCCUGGAGAAAUUCAACAAGGGCAAGUCGAAGCUUUCCAACCAGUUGGCCACCAUGGGUCUUGACAGCUUCGCCAAUACCAGGUACGAGGGCGAGUACGAUGCUGACUUGCUGGUCCUGUCGACCUUCUACGCCAAGAUCCCGAGCGUUCUGAUGGAACCGGCGGAGGCGGAGAAGAAACUUGCCUUAGUCGUCGCCUCGCAGGACCUCUUCAGGGCGAUUGAGGUCGCGACGACGGUUGUUUCGACGUCGGAGUCGACCGCCACGCCUUUGAGGACACUGGCCAAGUCGAACAGUUUGGGGGACGAUCCGGAGGAGAAGAAAAGGAAGGAAGAGAGGCAGGCUGCAUGGAAGGCGGCAUCGAAAGCUCGGAAGACAGUCGUCCAAUUCGCCGUGUUUCACGACACGGCCCAGGCGACUGAAGUCGUAGCCUCCAGUAUCACGGCUUCGACGAAGACGGAGGCUGGCAAGUCGCAUCGCCUCGUGGUCCUGUCAGUCGACCUUCUGCAGGAAUCCGACACCAAGCCAUGGGUCGACCCCUUCGACGGCAAGCCCACCGCCAUGAAGUUCGACAGCAGGUUGGAGUGGGUCCUCAAGCAGUCGCAACCGGGAGACAUUAAAGUCGUUUUCGAUGGGCGGAGUCGAAAAGCUCGGAAGCACCUGGAGCAGGAGGUCGCCAAGAGUACAAUGGGUGCCAACGCAGUCGAACUGAGUAUCAUCUACUCUGGCAAACACCCCUACCGAAUGAGAACUCGCGAGGUGGCCUUUGGGAGUCGCCCGCUGGAGAUUGGGUUCAUGCUCACGGUCUUCAGUCGUAGCAAAAUGCAGGUGCGCGAGAGGAAGACCUUUGCAGGGGCCGGCGAGGAGUCGACCUUCUGCACGACGUACACAGGCGUUUCUUGGCCGGCGUCGCUGCCGAUGAUAGAUGCGCAGGACAAGCAGCGCAUCUUUGCCGCGAAGGAAGUCGCGACGCCGAAGAAGUGGUCCCGCAGUGGGGUUCCCUUGUUCUGGCACGAGAGCAAGUCGAUCGCAUGGUGGAGGCAGUUCUUGGUCGACUUGCAGGUCACCAGCGUAGUCGACAUGAGCCCGGGAUCCGCUUCGUUGGCUUGCGCUUGUAUGUCGUCCAAGGGCCAGUCGAACGUUCACUACAUCGGCUUCGCGCACGAUGCCGCUCACCAGUCGUUCCUGGCGAAUGUCACAGACCGAGCCUCCCUAGUCGUCAUCACCACGCAUGGCUCCUCACUCUACGAGUCGUCGCUCGCUGAAACAGUGAGCCAAGUCUUCGCGGACAUCCUUGCUAGCGAAAGCAAGGAGGACGAACCUUUGCAGUCGGAGUCGGAAGACGAGGACGAGGUAGCUGGCAAAGCCUAG